UUCAAAGACAAAUAUACAUAAACGGAUAUGUUUUAUUCUGCUACAUUAUGAAGAAAAUAAUAACCUUUAUACACUACACCAUCCCACUAUUUACUCUAUCCUCUGCUAAUCAAAAUUCCGACGCCAAAUGAACUCAUCUUUAUGCUGCCGUGAACGCAACGCCAGGCACGUCACAGCACAGCAUCUAAAAACGAAUGAAUUAUAGGCUGCUGUCAUUUUGAUGCUUAAUAUUCUACGAUAUGUUAUCGUGGAAGGUUUUGACGGUGGUCGUUUUUAGUCAGUUACGGUCUUUGGCGCUAGGUUUUCUCGGCAGUUAAGUCGGUCACUUGAUGGCACUAGUGCAGAAUGACGUUAUAACGUCAUUUCCCCUUCUCAGUCUGAAAUGGUGUACUUAGGAGGUGUAGCGAAGCUAAGUUUUGAAUCUUAUCAGAGUUAGCCGGCAGGUUUUGGGGUGUACAGUUGCAGUUCCUUCGCCCGGGCAACAGUUGCGAAGUUCUUUUUCUAAGGUGGUCGCUUCACCAUAUGGAAAAUAACGGUCAGUAGAGGGAGUUUUGCCCACCGAGGGGCACUAAGCUAAGAGGCUAGCGUGCGACCGCAGAAGCCCGUUUACGAUUUUCUUCUUCUGACCUCCAUCAAAUAAAUAAAUAAAUAAAACGGUGCUAAGAAGAGCUCCCGGAAGGUCUGCGUGGCCGCUGCCCACCGUCACAUGCUCCCUGCUUGGAUGGGAUUUAAUUUACGGGUUGAGCGAAGAGGCAGCCAGCCGAAGUCCUGUUAAACAUGGAGGACGAAGAGGUAGCAGAGAGCUGGGAGGAAGCAGCGGACAGCGGGGAAAUAGAGAGAAGACUUGAGGCCAAGUUGAAGAUAAAUCAGGAAUCCAAGAAGUCGAGUUUGAAACCUGCUGGUUCACCUGUACGAACUGCUAUUGUAAUCCAGGAUGACUCUCUUCCUACUGCACCGCCACCUCAAAUUCGAAUUUUAAAGCGUCCUUCCAAUAACGGCACCGCUGGGAACCCUGCGUCCUCCUCUCGUCGCUCUCAGCAGACAAAGUCUUUGGCUCAAAGGGAGGCAGAAUACGCAGAGGCCCGAAGAAGGAUUUUAGGUAGUGCUUCCUCAGAGGAAACUCCUCAGGACAGUCCAUGCCCGGACAGGGCUGCUCAUAUGAGUGUGCAGCAACAACCAGAGCCAGUUCGUCCCAACAAUCAGGUUACCCGCCAGCCCACCGGUCCAGAUGGCACCACAGGCUUCCGACUCUGCAGAUAAAUGGGAGCGGUCUGCUACAAGGAAAGAGCUGGCGCCCUGAGGGGGCAUGGCAAGUGGAAAAUAAAGGGGUUGUGUGAGUGAUUUCCAGGGCAGAGUGGUGGGAUGGUGGCAUGAAAUUUGACAGUGAAGAACUAUGAAGACAUAGCACGGACUUAAGUCGACCCCUCCACCCUCUCUCUGCUGUGCUCUUGGUAUAAUCUUUGCCUUCUUGCCUGUUUUUUUUUUUUGUUUGUUUGUUU